GGCUAGCGAGCUGUUACCGAUUCGAUCAGCACGUUUCAAAACGCGGAAGCCGAAAUGUGUUUAUUUUCAAUUUCUUUGUGAGACAAUCUCAGACAGUGAUAACGUUACGUGUAAUGUGAGUUAUCAGGUUUCAGACACAAAAGUAAUAUCCAAGAGAAAAGUGGGAAGCUUUGAAGAUACUGACUUAUGAACUUUAAACUUUGACUAUUAUCAUGGCAGAAUUAAAAGCGUGUAAAGUGUGUAACAUUAGUCGAGAGAAGUAUUAUGGACUGGCGGUAACCUCUCUGGAUCAGCUCAAAAUAAAAGGUGGUGAGGCUCUUGGGAUGAAUCCCAGUGCAUCAGUCUCAGUGGUGCUAGAAGAGGAUGGGACUAUUGUGGAAGAUGAGGCUUACUUCAUGUGUCUGCCAGCAAAUACAAAAUUCAUGCUAUUGCAUGCCGACGAAAUAUGGAUGCAUUCUCAUCAAGAUCUAUUUUGUCUAGUUGAUGGAGGGACAGCACAGCCUUGCAGAAUGUCCACUGAUCUGGAGGUAGAUGGAAAAGACACAGUUGAUGGGUUUGAAUCUUGGCGCAGUUUGGCAGAACAGCUCAGACAGGACCUGGCCAGUAUUAUCCUCAUGUCCGAGGGAGAUCUACAGAGUUUGAUUGAUGUGCCGUGCUCAGAUCUGGCUGCAGCGUUGGACUUCUCACAGCAGAAAACUCAGGUCCUACAGGAUACGCUGCAAAGAAUGCUGGACCGCAGGGAAGAAGAGAGACAGUCCAAAGAGAUACUGAGGCUCUAUUUGAAAGCCAUGGAGCAAGAAGGCACAUGGGACCCACAAGAAGAAAGGGCUAGACUUGAUGAGACAGAUGGGGUGCAGGUGGAGGCCGCAGCAGGGUUCAGCUCCACAACGCUAACGCUCCUGAAGGACAAAAAAUACCCACAGACCAGACUGUCCAAUGAAGAGCUACAGAUGGUGGCGGGGAAUGGAGUGAAGGUCAUGAUGAAAGUGUUGGGCUGGGAGGGUGAAAGGACAUCAGCACUGGUCCAGGCAUGUGAAAGUGAGCUCAGUAAACGCCUACAGCGAGUCCAAGCCCUGCAAUCCCUCAGUGCUCAAAAUCAGUCCACUUCACAACCACACACUGAGAGAGAGACCCGAGCCAAACGCCGCAAAAAACACACACACUGACAAACCUCUAUAUUUGUGAACUGCUUCGUUACAUUCCAUGUAAAAACAAUUAAUGCUUUUCCAAUUUUUGGAUAGUAAUUGUUUUGAUAAUAGUAUAGCGUAUAAAAAUGCUAAAGCAUGAUAAAAGUGGUUAUGUUUGUAAACAAGAAAAACAUACAGAUUGGUGCUCAUUAUGAUUUCUGAAUUUCUUAUUUGUUGCCUGUAAAGUCGAGCCUUCAUUCGGGACAUCUUAUAAUAUGUCAUUUACAAAUGAAUUAAUGAAAGAAAAAAAUUAACAAAGCAAGUUAACAUUAUAGAGAAAAUGUAAUGUUAUAAUUACAGUAUUUUCAAAAUACUAUUUUUAAUGCUGUGUUAUGAUAUUCCUUAGGGAAGCAAUGUAUUACCAUUUUAUUACAAGGUUCACUAAAUGUGUCAAAUUGGAAAUGUUAGCAAUCUAGACCGUGGGCUGCACAAUUAUUUAUUUUUUUCUGUGAAACUGUUUGCAGCACUUGUUAUAACGUCAAAUGAUACGAAAUAAUAUUUUUAGACUAAAAAGAUUUUGACAUUUAAUUUUGUGCAUUAAUAUAAAUCGAGUUACAUAAUGGAAUGGAAAAAAAAUAUUUCAGCUUGUCAGGGAGCAUUGAGUAUGGUAAUGCAUGUAGAUAAAAUUUCAAUCUGUUAAUAAACUAAUGAAGAGACCUGUUGGUCUGUUCCUUUUCACCAUGA